CGGAGGGUUUGAUUGGCGGGACCCUGGCUCUGGCGUCUGUGGCUGAAGCCGUGGCGGGAAGGUGGCUGGGUGGGGAUUGACUGACUUUAGCGUCAAUGUUUGGAUUCGGCCUGGUGUUUUGAGUUGUGUUUUACUCCACCUCUCGGCCUGGAGCUGCAGCUGCGCCCCCGUGGACCGAGGCAGCAGGGAUGGAGAGCCCAAACCUUGGGGACAACAAAGUCCCCUCCGUCACCGCUGGAGAGAGCCUAGUACCAGACCCGCCUUGGGAUCGCUGGCAAGUUUUUAAACCUCCCUCGGGCCUCAGCGGAGUCGCUCUUGUGUGGGUCUUCCUAACCUUCAACACAAGCAAGGAAGAUGUUGCUGUUGGACUGGGAGGAGUGGGAGAAGAUGGAAUGGACCUGGUGAUAAGCAGUGAGUGCAGCUCCCCUCUCCAGGAUCCCACUGCUUCUACUCCGUCUAGCUGUACUGCAGCAACAGAAUGCCACAGGCCUGUCCCCUGUGGAUGGCAAAGAGUUGUGAAGCAAAGGUUACAUGGGAAAACUGCAGGAAAAUUUGAUGUAUACUUUAUCAGCCCACAAGGAUUGAAGUUCAGAUCAAAACGUUCACUUGCUAAGUAUCUUCUCGAAAAUGGAGAGACUUUUCUUAAGCCUGAAGAUUUUGAUUUUACUGUACUGUCUAAAGCGGGCAUCAGUCCAGGUUAUAAACACCAGAGUUUGGCGGCUCUGACUUCCCAGCAGCCAAAUGAAACUGACAUUUCAAAGCAGACCCUCAGGACACGAAGCAAGUGGAAAACAGAUGUGUUGUCUCUGCCCAGCGGUAACUCAGAGUCGCCAGAUAGCAGCAGACCGUCUAACUCUAGCUCUGCUCACUUGCCACUGGAAGAACAGAAGGGCAUCCAGGAUGCUGACUCUGGGAAGAGGAGACAGCCCAAAAGAAAGGUGACUGUUUUAAAAGGAAUUGCAAGUCAGAAAACCAAACAAAGGAAGAGGCUCUCAGAUUCUACUCAAAGAAACAGAAAAAGAGGAUCUGUGGUCCAGAGAACGGGGCCUGAGAGCGAGCCAACUCCGCUGGAAAGUCAUUUCAACAGAGCCGCCUGCCCCGCGGAUACCUGUGCAGGGGAGACUGUCAGCCUGGCCGGCGAAGAAAGCGGCCUGGGACCAGAAAAAUCACCGAGCCCAGGGUCAGAUCUUGGUUUCAUACAAGUAACUUCUGGUACCACAAACAAGUUAUAUUCAACUGAAACAGCCAGUGAUGCAAAACGUGAGCAGACUUUUUUAGAAUCAGAGGAAAUCAGAUCGAAGGGAGACAAAGAGGGGGAGGCACAUUUGCAUCUCGACGUUUUACAAGAUGGCUCUGAAAUGUCCAGCUGCUCACAAGCCAAGAAAGACUUUACUUCUGAGACAUUUCGAGACAGCAUCCCACGAACACAAGUAGAAAAAAGGAAAACAAGCCUGUAUUUUUCCAGCAAGUACAACAAAGAAGCCCUUAGCCCCCCAAGACGCAAAGCCUUCAAGAAAUGGACCCCUCCUCGAUCACCUUUUAAUCUUGUUCAAGAAAUACUUUUCCACGAUCCAUGGAAACUCCUCAUCGCAACUAUAUUUCUUAAUCGGACCUCAGGCAAGAUGGCCAUCCCUGUGCUGUGGGAGUUUCUAGAGAAAUACCCUUCAGCUGAAGUGGCCCGCACUGCUGACUGGAGGGACGUAUCAGAGCUCCUUAAGCCUCUUGGUCUCUAUGAUCUCCGCGCAAAAACCAUUAUCAAGUUCUCAGAUGAAUAUCUGACAAAGCAGUGGAGGUAUCCGAUUGAGCUUCAUGGGAUUGGUAAAUAUGGCAACGACUCCUACCGGAUCUUUUGUGUCAAUGAAUGGAAGCAGGUAAGCCCACCACUGGCCAUUUCCAACAUAAGCCAACAUAUCCAGCGUAUUUGCUUCUGGGGCAAAAUAAGCCCACUAGUAUGCCUGGAUCUAUGAGAAAGAAACCCUGUUAUAUAGUCCCAACGAGAUUUGCCCUCUGUUCAAAGAGCAGCAGGGGCAUAGGUUAUGAAUUAUAGUUUUGAGCUCUUGAGGUGCUGCCCGAGUCCCUGUGCUGUGGCCUCAAACUGACUUAAGCUGUCUGUCACUCCUGACCCUAUUAUCAGUCUAUGUUCUGUUUAAUACUGACAGAAUUUCUUCCUCUUAAAAAAGGAGCCCGUAGUGCUGAGAGGAGAUGGCUUAGUUUGUAAAGUGCUUGCUAUGAAGACUUGAAGUCAGAUUCCCUAGAACUCACAGAAGAGCCAGGCAUGGCAGCAUACACCUUCUACCUGGUAGUUCCAGCACUGUGGGAGUAAAAACAGGAGGUUGCCUGGAAGUUCCUGGAUAGCCUGUCUGAGCUUGUAUACCAGAGAGCCUAGCCUAUGUGGGUAAAGCUCCAGGCCAGUGAGAGACCCUUUCUCAAACAAAAAGUGGAUUGUGAACCAGGGAGAUGACUCAGGGUGUAAAGGUGCUUGUUGCGCAA